AUCGUCGUGCACCUAUGUGUUUUUUUUCCUCUCUCUCUCCCUCUUCUCUUUUAACGCCCUCUCUCUCUCUUUAUGUUCGUGUGAUACGCUCUGUCGCGGCGCCGUGAUGAGAUCGGGAUAUUGCAAAGAAGAAGAGUGGACAAUACUGGAUAAACUGUGGACUUAGAAGAGAAUUCGUGAUGAUUUUAGCGGAAGAGGAAGAGAAAAUCCCAGAUGCUUGGACCCAGUCGGCGCUGGACCGCGUGUGGCUGGCGACCAACGAGAUGCUGGAGUUGGACCCGGACGUGACGUGGUCCCAGGAGGGGCCCACGCUCUCCAACGACAUUUGGAAGAAGUUCGAGCUGAUCCCCACCCCGCCGCGCUCCCCGCUCAGGGACACCGAGUUCGACCUGGGGAGUCUGCCCGACGACCUGCUGCUGCCCAUUGACCUGCCCCUGCUGGAGGGCGAUGAACUGGACGUGGACCUGGACAACAUUGACCUGGAUGAGUUCCUGCUCAGCGGUAGCACCGUGCCCGAGCCCGUGCCCUGCGCGCACGGCCUCGCCCAGGAGAACUGCAACAGCUGCACACAGCUCGCCUUGGCGGGCUCCGAGCUCCGCCAUGACUGCAUGUGGCAGGGCACGUGCACGGCCGAGGCGCACUCGCACCACCAGUACAGCCGCACGCACAGGGACUCGUGCUCACACAUCACAGACAUCCUGAUGGACUCGUCGGGCGCCCUCGAGUGCGCCGCGGGAUUCACACACCUGGCGGACUUGCACAGCCCCGAGGACGAGGCCCAGAUCGACGCGGUGACGGACCCUGCGGGGUUGCACCACACCCUGACACACCAGGUGGCCCGCCCCGACACCCCCUCCGAGUCCUCCGAGACGGACACGGACGAGGACAACGACCACAUGGACGAGGACAUCGAGGCCAACAACCACUACGGCGUGUGUCGCGAGGAGGAGGUCUACACGAGCGAAGAGCCGCCCAGCUCCUCGCUCGACAUCGUUCACAUCGACCACAGUUACUACUGCUCUAGAAUACCCUCGCCAGCGACGCGGACGUCGUCAACGUCUUCGUCCUCGUCGUCCUCGUCCUCGUCCUCGUCCUCGUCGGUGUCGGCGUCAUCGUCGUCGUCGUCGUCGUCAUCUUCGUCCCCCACCUCCACCUCCACACACACCACAUCGUCGUCGACGUUAUCGUUACACCGCCGCCAUUACCCGUCGUCGUCGCUUCUCCACACCCCAUCAGACUCCGAGGACGAGAUCGACGUGGUGAGCGUGGGCAGCUCGGAGACCGCCCAGGCGUCGACGCAGAGAGGCAACAGCGGCAGGAAGCGGCGCCUGGCGGUGAGCGCCGAGGUGGCCGUCAAGAAGGUGGUCAAGAUCCGCACGGGCUCCCUGCCCACCAACCCCUCGCGGCGCAUGCGCAAGCAGCUGCAGCACGCCAUGGCAGCGGGCGUGAAGCGGCGAGGCUCCGGCAGCGCAGCGCACCUGAGACGGGCGGCCGCGUGUUCGGGCGCCGACGCGCACCACAAGACGCCGAAGCGGCUGCACGAGCGCGGCGCGCUGGGCCGCAAGCGCGGCUCGCCCCGCUCCGACUGCGACGACCCCGAGAAGCGGCAUCUGCACAACUCGCUGGAGCGCAUGCGGCGCGUGGACUUGCGCAACGCCUUCGAGGAGCUGCGCGUGCGCGUGCCCGACCUCCAGGACCGCGAGAAGGCGCCCAAGGUGGAGAUCCUGAAGAAGGCGUCCGAGCACUGCCGGGAGAUGAUGCAGCGCGAGCAGAGCCUCUUGCAGGAGAAGGAGCGCCUCAGGAGAUACGAGAGCGAGCUGCGGCGGCGGCUGCAGGCGCUGCAGAGUAGACACUAACUGCGUCGUCGCCUAGGUGUUCGUCUGUAAUUAGUCACUUCGUAGCUGGUAGGCCUAGCGAGAGGGCGCGACGCCGUCCCCCUCUCCCCUCCCCGACCACAGUGGUGCCUGCAGAAGGGUCUCGAUGCGCAGUGACGGUAGCCGCCUCCGCCUCCGCCUCCGCCGCCGGAGAGUGUGCGUCGGUGUGGCUGAGAGGCUUCGUGCCGGGCAUCGGCACCGGGCAGCGGGUCCCUUCGGCCGAGGCCCCGGCGGUGCCCUCGCCGCGCGGGGCCUCCCUGCCUUCCUAGGGGCCGGCGGCGGCGUGGCUCCGCCCACAGACUAAGUAGGAUCCAAAGGGUCUUUCUGUAAGCAAGGUCGCUGUUUGUAUAUACCUGUUUUAUUUACGUGGUAUUAUUAUUAUCAUUAUUAAUUAAUAAUUAUUAUUAUCAAUGCUACUGUAACUGUAAUUAUUCGUCUGAAAUCCAAGAAGAUUUUGUCGCGUGUAGAUAUUUCUAUUUAGCAGUAAGGGUUUGGUCACUGAAGUACCUUCCCGGUCGCCCCGCCCGGCGGCGACCGGCCUGUAAAUGUGUAAAUAUCCAUUGGCGUGAUUCAUUUGUGAUCUAGACAUAUUGUAGUUUCCGGAGGGCGGAGCUUGGCAGAGGGAACACCCCCACCCCCUUUCGUCCCUCCGGGCCACGCCCCCUCCCCUCCCCACGUCGGGGGCGAGGGAGGGGGUGGGGCGAGGGUCCGAUUGGGGGCCUUGUCGGUGCUGCUGUAGAUUAAUCACUUUUUGUUGUUAUUGAAAGGAUAUAUAUUUGAUCAUUAAUAAAGGAUUUUUUCACUUUAUAAUCUUUUUCGUGUAUAUAAGAAGAAUGCAAAUCUUUAGGUUUAAAAAGGACGAGACUGGUUCCCUUGGGCAAGCGGUCGCUCGCUGUCUAACCCGCGUCGGUUCCGCCGAAACCGAGCUGUUGAGCCACGCUAGGAGUUGUUCCGACGAGAAACGGACUGGACGCACUUAUCAUCUUCAUUAUUGUUAUAGUUAUUACACUUUUUCUUUAUAUAGCUUGGGAAAUUUUGGAAAAGAACAUUUUUUCUCUUACACUCGAAUAUUUGUGUUAUGCCAUCUCCAUGGUCGUGUUGGGCGCGCGUUGCCAUUGUGUGGGUGGUCGAGGGGUCGCUUCUGGGUGCCGCCGUUGGCCCCCACCCCCUUCGGCCAUCCCUUGGGUUGCCAUGAUUAGGAUUAAGGAUACCCCUACCCCCCCUACCCGUCUUGCCCUCCUUUCCCUUCCUCUUUUUUCUCUUUCCUUCUUCCCUCCUCCUUGCCUCUCCUCCCCCUCGCCCCCUCCUCCCCCACCCUGCACAUAACCCCUUAGCUUAAUUAUUUAUCUGUGUUAUUUAUCAUCAGAGCGUCAUCAUCAUCACCAUCUACUCUUAUCUCCCAUAUUCAUCGUCAGACAGAUAUCCUUUCAGUCACCUCAUCCUCAUCCUCGCCCGUUUUCAUCUCACGCGCGGUCACUUCACAUGUUCGCCUCGCCUCCCUCCUCCAUCGUCAGUUUUCUUAUUAUCAUUUUAUUUUUGCCUGAGAUAUCAUCAGUCAGACCCCCCUCCUCCCCAUUACAGCUCACUUCACCUCACCUCACCUCACUUCACCUCAUUUUUCGCCGGUCAAUCAUCCCCGCUCACUGGACCUUAAACCUCGCGUCAUUUUAGGUCAUGUCUCACCACCAGCGUGUUAGGACAGUACCCCCUCACUCGCACCCUUCCCCCCCCCACCUUCCUCGUCCCCUCCUCUCUCCUCUCCUCAUCUCCCCGUCCUUUCUCUUCUCUUUUCUCCCUCCGUUCCCUCGCCUCUCCACCCCUUCCCCUUCCCUCUCCUCGAAGACGAUGUAAAAUAAUGUUAAUAUUCAGUGUUUGGACCUGACUCAUAAGUGGCUCAUGAGUGGUACUGUA